AUGAUGCCGAGUCCUCCACCAGAUCCGGCAGCACAAGCCGCAGCGGCUGCAGCUUUCCAUCAAUUCACAGUCGAAGCGUGGACCCUCCUCAGUGUUGGCAUCGCAGUCACCGUCCUCAGGACGGUUUCUCGCAUUCGAUAUGCCGGCUGUCGAGGCCUAGGUGGCGACGAUUAUCUCGCGUGGCUUGCCGUUGUCUUUUAUAUAGCCGAGACAUCUCUGGCGUACAGCGUUGGCCAUGUCGCAAACGGUCUGGCGAAUAACGGGAUGACGGAUGCGCAGCGGGCUGCGCUAUCGCCAGACGACCCGGAGUUUCGAUUGAGGAUCAUGGGAUCGAAGAUUCAGCUUGCAGGGUGGUCAACGUACUCGACGCUCCUUUGGACGCUCAAGGCGUCGUUGCUAGUGUUUUAUACACGAUUGACAGAAGGCUUAGCUACACAUUAUCGCAUUCGAGUCUACAUUGGUUUUGCCUUUCUUGCAUCCAGCUAUGUUGUUGUAGCUCUGAAUCUUUACCUCUCGUGUCGACCCUUUCAAAAAUUCUGGCAAAUAUUCCCAGAUCCAGGAAGCCAGUGGUCCCGAUCGCAGAAUCCCGCUAUAUCUAACCAGAUCAUCUGGGUUUACUGGGCAUUCAACGUAACGACCGAUUUAUACAUCAUAUCAGUCCCGCUACCUAUGCUGUGGGGGUCGAGUCUGAAGCCUCUAAAGAAAGUCGGCUUCAUGAUUGUCUUUAGUGGCGGCAUUUUAGUCGUCGUUUGUGCCACUCUACGAUGUGUCCUAAUAGUUCUGGACACAGAGAAUGGUGCACAAUUGGCCGGGUCUUGGGCUGUCCGAGAAACCUUUGUUGCCGUCGUUACAACCAACUUGCCCAUGACACUUCCUCUACUCAAGGAGAUCUUUGUACCCCUCUUCGGAUCCAUCCUUGGCUCGAUGCGCUCUACACAAAAGUCUGGAGAGAUGACACCAAAAGGCUUCAUCACUUUUGGAGGGAGUUCCAAGAGUUGGCGGGGCCGUGGACCGCCGACAGCGAAUCCAAUAACAGAUUUUACGAUAAAUGAGAGCGAGGAGCGCAUGGUCGGUUCGAUCAGAAUGCAGGAUCUUAAAGCAUGGAGCGAUAGCCAAGACCAAGACCAGGGACAUCAGUCGGGGCCUGAUGAAGAGAGCAGAGGUAUUCGGAAGCCUGUUGAGGUCGACAUAGUGCAUGAAAUUCGGCCAAACCCAGUCACCUGA